UUAUUGCGUAAUUCAUGCAAAUUAAUCCAUUUGCAACAAACAACGACUUUUUAGUUAUAAUUUAGUUUAUCAUCGCGUAGUUUGGUUUAUCUGUAUGCAAUUAUGUUCGUCACGGUUCAGUUACGUAGCUAAAAGAAAAAACCUGUUGUUUUAUAUUCUCAAAUGUUCUUUUAGUGCAUGUGCGAGUGUGUCAUAGUACACACGUAUUUUGUGUGAAUAUAUUUAUAACGCUAUAUUUGGUUGACGCCUCAAGUGCUUAUGCAGUUAACUUUUUCUAUGCAUCUGCUUCUAAAUUUAAAUAGUGCGAAGGCUGAUUAAGCGCGGAUUAAAAUAUGGAAAUUGAGAAUGACGUAACUGUGAAACUUUUAUUUUUCGCACGAUCCAAAGAGUUGGCAGGUACCAAGGAGUCCACAAUACGUCUCCCAUCCAAGAUAAGCUACAGCAAACUGUUGAACACAAUCUGUGAUAACUACAAUUUGCAAACUAUCAAAGAUAAUAUAUUGUUGGCUAAAAACGAAGAAGUUUGUGACGAAGACAUUGAUAUUGAUAUUAAAGAGAAAGAUAGUAUUGCUGUAAUACCUCCAAUUAGCGGUGGUUAAUACUUAUGUGCCUAGAAAAUAGAAUAUACAUCGAACCUGCAGUAUUUUUCCUACAAAACGCAAUAGAUAUUAGACUGAUAUAAGGACCCAUAGUAAUUAAGAAAAAUAUAGCAAAGAUGGAUCACUUAAAACUCACUUUUGAUAAGCUGUCAGUGGACGAGAUUGCGGAGCUAGUUACUGAUGACAAAUGUGGAGCUGUGUCUCUCUUCAUUGGGACCACGAGAGACAACUUUGAGGGCAAAAAGGUAGUAAGACUGGAGUAUGAAGCAUACGAGCCGAUGGCACUCAAAGCUCUGAAGUCCAUCUGUGAGGAGGUGCGGGACAAGUGGCCUGCAGUACACAGCAUAGCUAUAUACCACAGGCUCGGCAUCGUCCCCUGCAGAGAGUCAUCAGUAGUCAUCGCAGUCAGCAGUCCCCACCGCAGAGACUCUCUGGACGCCGUCUCCCACUGCAUAGAGACUCUGAAGGCCAGCGUGCCGAUAUGGAAGAAGGAGGUGUAUGAAGGCGACGCGCCCGUAUGGAAGGAAAACAUUGAAUGCACAGUACCAGAUUCAAAACCGAUCCCAACUCCCGCGCCGCUCCCAGCCCCACCCGUAGACAAGACGCUGGUACAAAUCAACGUCUCCUGCGAGGAGUUGCAGCAAAGGAUACAGAACUUCAUGGAACGCAAGAGGGAACAAGUGAAUAUCAGCAAUAUACAUGACUUUAUUCCGAAUAAUGAAGUGGAGUCGCAGGAAACUAAUACCUGUGCGAGAGUGAGGGCGCAGUUCGUUAGAAGAAGCGAUUCUAAAGGACAUUUGAAAGUCCGCAAAGUCCACAACGAAUGGGGACCCCAAACAGUGGCCGCAGCAGACAUGUUUCCCGAACUGCCUGACAGCACAGGGCUUCCCUCCUCCAUAGCGGAGCGAGUGAUGGCCAUAGAGAAGUUCCUGAACAUAGGACCUGUUUCUAAAGAUGUUUAUAAACGGCUGAAGGUCAUGGAAGAUAAAAUUGCGUAUUUGCAGGCCGUGUCGCCUGAGUAUGCGCAGUUUUGGAAAACUACAAGAGACGCGGACGGGAAGCAAGAAGCGAUGGUAGACUACACAUUCUCUGCGGAAGAUAUCGCUAAAAAAAUAGAACAAUUGGAAAAGGGAAUAAUGUGAUAUUUUAAUACUUUAAUUAAUUUCAAUUAAAUGAAAUCAGGCUUGAAACGGUCUCUGGUGAUUGCCGUACAUACAAUAUAAUGUAUAGAUUGAGAUUUUAACUUUGUUAUUUUAUUAGUGAUACUUGAAGUCGGUUAGUUUUGUACUGCAUGUAUUAAAAAGUAAGACACAAUGAGAAAUAAAAACGCUUUUAAAAUGAACUUAACACUUUAUUGUAGGAAUUGAUCUACUUAUGGUAUAAUCACAUUUAUACUUAUUUUAAAUAAAAUAAUAAGAAAUAAAA